AUGGAUGGAGUCCUUAUGACACUUCCUCACGCCGCGCCUCGCGGGCCAGCACCACCCGGGCUUCGCUUGGAGUGGACCGAUUCGCCGGAGCAGGAGCGACUGGUGGCGGAUGCAGAUUUCGAGCCCGGCAGCCUGGUUCUGCGUGAGGAAUUUCUUCUGCGGGGGCCCGCAGAGCUUCCGCCACUAGCUAUGUUUCGGCCUGUGCCGGCCGAAGUUGGAACAGUGGAGAUCCAAGGGGAGCCGGGUUUCCCUCGCGCUGUGAUCUUUGAUAAUGAGCAUAUGAAGCUUCUCUUCGAGUUUUUGAACUCAGAGACUGAAAUCCAGCAGGAAGUGCUGGCAAUGCAAGAUUCGAUGCACCCAGCUUCAGAAACGAUGCAGUCCACCACGAAAGUCGCCGAAUGGCUGAUUAGCCAGGAGCUUCCAUGGUUGGAAGGUCUAGACUUUCUGUCGCUGUCUCGACUCUUGCGGCUUUUCUGUGUCAACAGCCACCCUUGCAAGGCUGCGGGAAGCACAAGUGGCCUACUGAAGUGGGGCACCAUGAUCAAUCACUCCUGCCUUCCCAAUGUGGUUUACUCCUCUGUAGAGUCAGCUGAUGGAGAUGCGGGAGUUGAUGGCUGUGAGGAGGGCCGCUUCGAGGGCCACUUCCGUGCCUGCCGCCCCAUCAAAGCAGGUGAUGUUUUGGGUGUCUCCUACAUGAAGCUCCAGGUUGCGCUUGCACCCUUGACACAGCGCAGGCGCAUGCUGUGGUAUCUCAAGGGAUUUCUUUGCGAGUGUGACCGUUGCCGAUUUGAGGCUGCCAAUGGGGAUCCAAGUCGGGUGCUUCCGUGUGCAGGCAAUGCCACCAACUGUGCGGGGAAAAUGAAAAUGACGAGAUGCCUCUCAGGGCUGAACAGUUUGGGAACUGACGCGUCUGACGCGCUCGACGGGUUCUCGUGCACGAGCUGCGGGAGCAGGGCCAUGCGCGAGCAGGUGGAGCUCGAGGCGGAGCUGUCGCACGCCGUGCUGGGAGCACUCUGCGCUCGUUGGUCCGGUCUCAAAUCUGCUAAGGAAGCGCUUUGGGAGCUGCAGGCACGGGUGGAAGGCGAACUCCACCACGACCACUUUGCGGUGCAGGGCCUGCGCCUCCUCUUCCUGGCUCUUGAAGCGGAUGAGAUCUUAAAAGGCAAAGGUGAACAUGAUGGACAGCAGUGGCUGCGUGAGCUGAAUCGCGUGAGCUGCUGGCAUGAGUCUAUUCGACCUGGGCAGAACGGAGACUUGAUGCUGAUGCUCUCCUUCAAAAGCCUGGCGCCGGCCCUGCGCAAGUUGAAGGGAGAGCAUGGCAAGUCGGAUCCGGAGUCUUUGGAGGCUUUGGAUCGCUCGGCCUCCACGGUGCUCUCCAUGGAUGACGCCUGGGACAAACUGCCGGAGUGA